ACAGAAUGCAGAAGGUGCCUGUCCUGGGGGCUCCGCUUUUUGCCGACUCGGAGCGCCGAGUAAAGGCGACACCAUUUUCUUUGUCAUCCGGGUUGUUGAUCCUGAAUUGCCCGUCUUUCGCCAUUCCUUCCUUUCUUUGCGCACUUUUGUCUUUCUUUUAUUCAACUCCACUACACUCUUUGGUUUCUUUAUAGUAUCGCGUCCACAAAAUAUUGCAGUAUGCUUCGCGCCGCGUUCCCUCGAACGCCGCUGCGCAACACACCGGCUCCUAAAAUUUCUACCCGGGGUCCCCUCCAAUAUCGGCUUACAUCGUCUUCCACGAAAACAGCAUCUACAGUCAAACAAGCAGCGGAAUCGGCAUCUUCGACAGCAAAUGCAGCAGUCCCGGCGAAACCGGCGCUCUGGAGACGUCUGGGGCCGGUCACACGGGCGAUCGACGGGUACACAGCAUCACAGAAAAAGCGGCCACUAUGGACGCACUUCAUUAGUUCUCUUGUCAUCUUUCUCUGUGGAGAUUUGGGGGCACAGAAUAUCAGUGGUUCGGAAUACGACCCGUACCGAACACUGAGGACCUUGUUUCUCGGUGGUUUGUCUGCGAUCCCGCAGUAUAAAUGGUUCUUUGUUCUUUCUAAAUACUUCAACUACCAGUCCAAGGCGCUCUCUAUCACUGCCAAGGUCUUGUUCAACCAGCUGACCUUUGCCGUGGCGUUUCCCAUCUACUUCUUUAGUGGACAGGCGCUGCUGGCUGGCGAGGGAGUGUACAGCGUGUAUGAGCGUGUCAGAGAUACGUUUAUCCCUGUUUGGACCAACUCGUGGAAGGUUUGGCCUCUGACAACAGCAAUUACCAUGACAUAUGUGCCCAUGCAGUACCGAGCUCUGUUCUCUGGCUUCGUAUCAAUCUGGUGGCAGACAUACAUGAGCUGGAUGAACAGACAAGCAGAAGUUCUGGAAGAGGCUGAACACGCUUCCUUUAAAGAGGCCGUUGUCGAAAAGACAGAGAUAAUCGCUAAGGAAGCUGUGGCGGCAAUUGCAUAGGAUGCAUCAUGCAUCACAAUUACGCGGCGUUAAAUGUCGGGCAUGGGUUAAAGGGAAAAUAGAGCAUUAUGAUGAUUUGAUUUGGAGUCAGCUCCGCAUAUAGACUAAUAGACAUGAAUAUACAUUUAAGACAAGUUUUU